UAUGACUUAUAGAUCUCGCGGCUAUUUAUUUAGAGUUUUGGCCUGAAAGUCACUGUCGCUACCUUUGAAAUCAGAGUAAAUGAGUGUCAUUUGUUAGAUUUAGAGUGACUCUCUUCCGCGUCGUGUUUCGUUAUCGCGUAUAAAUAACUGGAGCUAUAUAUGUGUUGACAUUACAGCUUUAACAGCAAUCAUACGCAAUCAUUGACAUCUGUCAGGAGGCCGAGAAGUGACGGCAGCGUUUAAGCAUAUAUAAAGCUGGAUUCGCUGGAAAAGACGUCUGUGUCUGUGUAGGGCAUGAAGAGGAUAAGAAAAAAAGCUUACAUCAUGGGUGCCAGUCAAAGCUAUGAUGCAGACUCUAGUCCGGGUCCCUCUGCAGCUCCGUCAGCCUCGCUUUCAAAUGAAGAUUUACUCCCUCUUCCUCUGGACAUCCUGGAGGAGAUCUUCCUGAGACUUCCUGCUCAUCAGGUGGUUCAUCCUUGUCGGUCAGUGUGCCAUCAGUGGAAAGCAGUGGCUGACAGUGAAUCUCUGUGGAGAGACCGGUGUAGAAGAGAAGGAUAUCACCUCCGCGACCCUUCCAAAGUGCCUAAAGACUGGAGGUUGUUUUACUUCUUGUGCAAGAAGAGAAGGAAUCUUCUCAAGAAUCCAAGAGCAGAAAAUCAAAUGAAUGGUUGGCAAAUAUUAGACAACGGUGGUGAUGAAUGGAAAAUAGAUAACGUUAGGGAGCCACAUCCAAAUGAGGUGAUCCAGAAAAACUUUGUGACGUCUUAUGGCAUGUGUAGAAAGUCCCAGCUGAUUGAUCUGGAGGUGGAAGGGUACAACAAGUCUUUUAUGGAUCACUUCCAGCCGGAAAUCAAAGUGUCCGAUUGGUAUGCACCACGAUUUGACUGUGGCUGUGAAUAUCAGAUCUGCGUAGAGUUGCUGAAUCAAAAGAAGCGGCCCAUCAAAAAAUUUGCUCCUGAGACAGUUUACUUUGAGCAGUGGAACGAUCAGAAAUGGAAUCAGAUGACAUAUGUAUUCCAAAACUAUGGACCAGGAGUGAGAUACAUCCGCUUCACCCACGGAGGAAAGGACUCACAGUUCUGGGCAGGAUGGUACGGCAUUCGUGUUACGGACAGCAGCGUUGAGAUAUGUCCAGCAGCGGACACGUAGCUCUGUGGGAUUCACCUAGUGCCUGCUUCCUGCCUCUGCCUAAGAUUGCACCUUUUUUUCAGAUACUGCACCUCAUAUAUAUAUAUAUACUGGCCUCGUAAUCAGCAGCCACAUUUCAUGUGCAUUAGUUUCCUGCAGCUGCACCCCGAGAAGACGACUUGGAGAUGUUCUGUGUAUUAGCACAGCUCAUUUUGCUGUUAAAAGGAUCAGGGGUUGUACUAUGGUGCAGCAGCAGACCAAAGAGUUGUAACAGCUUUGUCUGUACACAAGUGUAAAUGAAAAUGGUGAUGGAAAUUGAGCAGAAUUUCUUCUAAAUUAUGCAAAUCUUGGUUUAAAGUCCAUGCACGUCAAGCUUGUGUGAAUGUAAGUUAUUUUAUAAAUGUAAUUAUUAUUAGCGCUCAAUUAAAACAUAGCCUGGAAUAAAUGAUUAAAUGAGUGAAUCAGUUGUAUGAAGGCAUCACUGGGCGCUUGUGAUCUCAUUAUUUCUUAUAUUCACAUGUUUGGGGCAGAAUGAUUAUAGUGAUGGUACACAGCUUUGGACAAAAAUAAUAAAAAGCUAGUCUGACCUUUCAAGGUGAGAGCAAUGCUGUAUAUGAAUGAUGUAACAACUGUUUCAGAAAUAUUCUCUUCACUACUCCAUUAUUUAUAUGUUGUGAUGCUUGAAAUAUGAAGCGGGAAACAUUUUACCCUUUUUUAUUUUUCAUCCUUGUCAUCUGUCAAAAAAAUAUGUUUUAAUAAACCUUU